AUGGCCCUGGCCUUGUGGAUCUUCAGUCUGCUGGGCUCAGCCUGCUCGGUGUCGGCCAACAUCUUCGAAUACCAGGUGGACGCCCAGCCCCUGCGUCCUUGUGAGCUGCGGAGGGAGGAGGCCUUUCUGAAGGGAGCAGACCACGUUCCUCAGUGCGCAGAAGACGGAAGCUACCAGACAAUCCAGUGUCAGAAUGAUGGGGGCUCCUGCUGGUGCGUGGAUGCGGACGGCCGGGAGGUGCCGGGCAGCAGGCAGCCUGCUCGGCCCGUGGCCUGUCCGUCGUUCUGCCAGAUGCAGAAGCAGCAGAUCUUGCUGAGCGGCUACAUGAACGGCACGACCACGGCCUACUUCCCCCAGUGUCAGGAUUCGGGGGAUUACGUGCCCGUGCAGUGCGACCUGGGGCAGGACCAGUGCUGGUGUGUGGAUGCAGAAGGGAUGGAGGUGUACGGGACGCGCCAGCCGGGGAGGCCGACUCGGUGUCCCAGGAGCUGUGAGAUAAGAAACCGCCGUCUCCUCCACGGGGUGGGAGACAAGUCACCACCGCAGUGUUCUCCAGAUGGCGGGUUCAUGCCUGUCCAGUGCAAGUUUGUCAACACCACGGACAUGAUGAUUUUUGACCUGGUUCAGAGCUACAACAGGUUUCCAGAUGCAUUCGUGACCUUCAGUGCCUUCCGGAGCAAGUUCCCCGAGGUGUCUGGGUAUUGUCACUGUGCGGACAGUCAAGGGCGGGAGCUGGCUGAGACAGGUUUGGAGCUGUUACUUGAUGAAAUUUAUGACACCAUUUUUGCUGGCCUGGACCUUGCUUCCACCUUCGCCGAAACCACCCUGUACCGGAUAUUGCAGAGACGGUUCCUCGCGGUUCAGCUCGUCAUCUCUGGCCGAUUCCGAUGCCCCACAAAAUGUGAAGUGGAGCGGUUCACAGCGAGCAGCUUUGGUCACCCCUACAUCCCGAGCUGCCACCGCAAUGGGGGCUACCAGGCAGUGCAGUGCCAGCAGGGAGGGCCAUGCUGGUGUGUGGACGCCCGAGGGAAGGAGAUCCAUGGAACUCGGCGGCAAGGCCAACGGCCAUCUUGUGCUGAAGAUCAAUUCUGUACCUCAGAGAGGAGGCAGGCCCGGUCUAGACUACACUUUGGGCCCUCGGGCUACUUCAGCCAGCACAGCUUGUUCUUGGCUCCCGAGGGAAGGCAGGUGUCUCCGAGAGUAGCCAGAUUUGCCACCUCCUGCCCACCCUUGAUCAAGGAGCUCUUUGUGGACUCUGGGAUUCUCCACCCAAUGGUAGAAGGGCAGGAUAAACAGUUUUCUGCCUCAGAAACUGUCCUCAGAGAAGCCAUUGGAGCGAUUUUUCCCUCCCGAGAGCUGGCUCGUCUUGCCCUUCAGUUUACCACCGACCCAAAACGCCUCCAGCAAAACCUCUUUGGAGGGAAAUUUUUGGUGAAUGUUGGCCAGUUCAACUUGUCUGGAGCCCUUGGCACAAAAGGCACAUUUAACUUCAGUCAAUUUUUCCAGCAGUUUGGUCUCCCAGGCUUCCAGAAUGGAGGGACCGAUCUAGCCAAGCCCCUCUCCUUGGGAUUUGAUUCAAAUCCUGCCACAGAACCUCCUGAAGCCUCUAAGAAGGGAGCUGCUAUGAAUAAGCCGAUUGUGGGCAGCUUUGGCUUUGAGAUCAACUUGCAAGAGAACCAAAAUGCCCUGACAUUCCUUUCAUCUCUCCUGGAGCUUCCAGAAUUCCUUCUCUUCUUGCAGCAGGCUCUUUCGGUGCCAGAAGACAUAGCAAGGGAUCUAGGUGACGUGAUGGAAAUGGUGCUCAGCUCCCAGGGCUGUGAGCAGACACCCGGCAGCCUUUUCGUCCCACUGUGCUCGGCAGAAGGAAACUACGAGGAUGUCCAAGUGUGA